UGUGGCAACAUCUAAGAAAAUUUCAAAAAUGGUGCCUCAUAUUAUUCUUCAUUUUUCUCAUUGCCCAAGUCUUAAAUUACCCGAGAAGGCAAAAAAUGUUGAAAUUAAGAAAUUAAAUGAUGAGAAAUCUACAACUUUUAAAAUUGUCAACAUUUACGAUCCAACGGUUAAAUUCUCGUUUUGUAAUGAAGAGGGUUAUUACGUUCAAAUCACAAUUAUGAAGGAAUAA